CCGCCUUGUUUAACAUACGCUACUAAACUUGCCAACAAAUGUCGUCGCUAUCAUUUCUCUCGCUGGAUCGCGUCGCGUGCACAGCAUCCAUCAACCCAAUAUCACGCAAAUACGUCCAUGGGUAACCAACAGCAAUGCCAGAUUAUCUCCGCGGCUGCAGCUCUGUUUCUAACGAUUGGUGUCAUUCUUCUGAUCGUCAUUCCCACUAAAGACAGCCAAGAGCCAGCAAAUUUAAUGUAUGGCAUUGUCUUGGAUGCUGGGUCCUCCCAUACAUCCUUGUUCAUCUACAGAUGGCCAGCAGACAAGCAAAAUGGUACAGGCAUUGUAAGUCAACACUCAGAGUGUCAUGUUAAAGGAGGUGGGAUCUCCAGUUAUGCAGGUAUUAAAGGAGGAGCAGCCCAGAGCCUUCAGGAGUGUAUGGAACAAGCUGUUCAGGGCAUCCCCAAACCUAAACACAAACUCACUCCUCUGUAUCUUGGGGCCACAGCAGGCAUGAGACUGUUGAAUAUUUCUAAACCGAAAGAGUCAGAUGAGAUUUUGAAAGAAGUGGAAGAUAAGCUGAAGACCUACCCGUUCAGCUUUAAAGUGGCCAAGAUUUUAAGUGGACAAGAGGAGGGAGCCUAUGGUUGGGUCACAGUCAACUACCUGCUUGAGAACUAUGUUAAGUAUGAUUUUGUGAGUCAAUGGCUGUCCACAGGCAGACCCACAAUCGGUGCACUAGACUUUGGUGGAGCUUCGACUCAGAUCACCUUUGUGACUGAAGAAACGAUAGAGAACAAGGAAAAUUUCAUGAAAUUACAACUGUAUGGGAAAGACUAUAAGAUAUACACUCAGAGCUUUCUGUGCUAUGGGAGAGAACAGGUCUUACUCAAACUGCUGGCUCAUCUAAUCACGACUCAAGGAUCAGACAGCUCUGUAGUUCACCCCUGCUAUCCUGCAGGUUACAGUCAGUCUGUAAAGCUGGGCAGUGUGUUUGAUACUCCAUGCUUUAAGAGACAAACUCCUUAUAAGCCUGAUGGCAUCCUGCAAAUAACUGGAACUGGAGACUACAAUCGAUGUCUAGGAAAUGUUACCCAUCUCUUUUCUUUCAACAACUGUUCUUAUUCCAAAUGCUCUUUUGAUGGAGUCUUUCAGCCUAACAUUACAGGAAACUUUAUGGCAUUUUCUGCAUUCUUCUACACUCAUUUGUUCCUUCAAGAAACUGCUGGCAUCCCCAUCACCUCCCCAGCACACUUCAAGAAUGCUGCCCGUGCUGUCUGCAACAUGAGCAUUCAGGAGAUGAACACUAAGGUUCCGGAUCAGGAAAAUCGUUUGAAAGAUCACUGUGCAGUCUCCAUCUUUGUCCAGGAGCUCCUUAUAAAUGGAUAUGGCUUUAAUGAUUCCUCCUUCCCACACAUCUCUUUUCAGAAAAAGGCGGGAGACGCCUCUGUUGGCUGGACCCUUGGCUACAUGCUAAGUUUAAGCAACCUGCUUCCUGCCGAAGAUAUCAUUCUAAGAAAAAUGCUGCGUCUUGAUGCCUGGAUUGCCCUGGUCGUCAUUUUUUCCCUUCUUCUCAUAAUGGCUUUAUUUUUUCUGCUACGUGCUAGUUGUAAGAAAGAAAGUACUGAUGUCGUUUAAUAACAAGCACAAGGCACUGAAUUAAUUGUAUUGCUCGCCUUGUAUAUUAUUAUGCGCUGAUGAGAUUUUCUGUCUUUAGUGAGUAUAGUUGGCCAACCUCUACUGUUUACAAUACAACAACAAUUAUGAUGCAAAAGAAGUGUAAAUGUAUAAGCAUAUUGUACUUUUUCAGCAAUUUAUUUCUUUUCAGUCAUGAUAUCAUAAGAAGAGAGACUGUUAGAAGAGGCUGUGCCAGUUUUGUUUGUAACAGAAAAGGAUUUGCCAGUGUUUUAUUUGUGCUACCUUGUCUUUUUUUAAAGGGUAUUCAUUAUCAUGUUUCUUUAAAUAAAUAUGGUUUUAUGUGAAUUUGGUAUUGUGCUUUAAAAGGGAUAGUUCACCGAAAAAAAAGAUGCAAUAUGAAGUUAAAAACACUGAAAUGUUUAAAAUGUCAAAUGGAAGUAUAUGUAUACCAAAAUAGUUGUGUACCUUUGGAUAAUUUGUUGAUUCAUUUUUGUCUGCAAACGGAAAAACUAAUAAACAGUUCAUUUAACACAUA